CCACGAGGUAAGUCUGGCCUCAAGCCACACAAAAGAAUUACUCCUAACCGAAGACGUCCUCACCAUGCAUCUCGGUCUACAAAUAGCUGUCUAGAUUGGGGGCUCAGUAAAUAUUUCACCCACGUCAACUGGCGACAAAAGCUGUCCCAUCUUCUACCUCUACAGCGUCUCGUACUGCCAGGUGCAAAAUCGCCCCUGUAAGCAUAAUCAUCCACCGACAAAGCAUUAACUCAACGGAACCGCAAACAAUUUGCACCAGCGGAAGAGCAUGCACCCGAGCCUGUGCCUAAUCAACAACUAUUCUGAAGAAUAUAUCGCCUCGAAGUAGAAUGCAAACCCCGGACGACGACAACCACGCCGGCAGACGUCCCAGAACUGCCGUCUCGACUACCUCAGAAACCUCACCAAGAUCCUCCCCACGAUCCCAGGCCACGAGUCCGGUUAAUCGAGGGGCACUCCCCAGACGAUCAUCCAGUCUUAAUCCUCUCUACGCGACAGGAUUACCAGCGUCCAAUACCCUUCAACAGCUCUCAUCCACAGAGCCGGCACCUUCUUUCCAACCUUUCCAGCCGCUUGGAGCCAGUUCGAGCGACCCUUCCCUCGUCGGCCAUAAAAUUUCGAACUCGUUGCAUCCAUCGCGAAGCGGACUACGUAAUACGAAUAUGCAGUCCCGUCAGGACCCUCGAGGUCACCAUGGACACACAAGAAGCCGGUCUUCAAAGAGCAGUGGAGAGCUCGAGAAGGCUCGGAACGCGAAGCCCCUUUCCCAGAAAGCGAUGCUAUCCCAAGCUCUGCAGAAAGCAAAUACUGCUGUUCAGCUUGAUAACGCAUCUAACCUGGAGGGUGCCCGACAAGCCUACGCCGAAGCGUGUGAACUUCUAGAGCAAGUCCUGUCUCGGACCACAACAGAGGAAGAUCAACGCAAAUUAGAGGCAAUCCGUCAAACAUAUGCUAGUCGCAUUGAGGAAUUGGACCACAUGGGCCCUUGGCCCGAAGAUAUGGAUAAAGCGCUCCCCGAUAGACCGGACAGCGGAGACUACCAUGAAUCUAUUCCCAGUCAAUAUAGAUCUCACAGUCAGGGCUUGCAAAGCAGCUUUGAAUCAUCACACUUCUCUCCCAACCUGCGUUCACAAGAGUGGGAUGUCACAAGCGUCGCCGAGCGGGUCAAACCGUCGCCAUCUACUGAAUCUGGGUUAUUGCAAUCCUCCUUUUCUCGACAAUCCAUCAGGUCCAGGUCUACUGAUCAAGAAAUCCCAGCACCGCCUGGCUCCAAUCGCCAAGAUAGCAUAGGCCAUAGCGGUAAAGCUCACAGGGCUCCGCCUAUCUCUGGUCAGUCUAGCCGUCAUCGCCGCGAUCUUAGCCAAAACUCGUGGCUGGACGGCAUAGGCGAGUCGGGAGAUUCUACGAAUUCGUCUAUACAUUCUAGGACAUCCUCCCUUGGUUAUCGCAGGAAGCACUUAAGAGGUGCUAGCGGUAAUACUGAAACAGAGUUCGAUACUGCUUUAGACGCCGCUAUUGAGGCUGCAUAUGACGAUGGUUUCGAACCUGCUGGUUUAGAAGACUAUGACCGAAGAGACGAUGAUGUAGUCGCUAAGGUGCUGCGUAAAGUGGAAAUUGCGCGUGAAAGAGUCCGACAAACAGAGAGAGAAACGUAUGGAUAUUCUACCAGUGAUCUACGGCAACAACUCAGCAAAGAGCCUCAUAGUCACCGCCCUCUAUCUAGAGCAGCAUCUGGCGGUUUUUACAACGACAAUUCAUCUGAUGAAGAGGAGCGCAUGUUAGAGCAGCUUACUCGCGAUUACGAAAUUAAAGAUUACCCAUUAGACGGCCAGCCAAAUGGAGGGGGCUUGCGAGCUCCGAAACAGGAAACAAGACCGACAAGCAGCCGUGCAAACGCGACACUCAACCACCCGCCUCCAUCACAACUACCACCUCUGAGCCUGAACAAAAAGCCUUCCCUUUCCAACUUGGUGGGCGGUCUAGCCCCAGCCGCGCCGCCACCUCAAGCUUCACUGCCAGAAUUGCCUAUGCCACGGCCUGCUUCUCCUCAGCUAAGUGUCCGAAGCAGAAGGCUUUCUGGUCAGAAGCAGCUCAAGAUCGAAACAUCUAAACUCUCUUCAUCCCUUCCUUUGGAACCAAAGGAACUUGAUAGACGACCCUCUAUUCGAGAGGUAGAUGUCCAACUUGUAGGAUUGGAGGAUGGGCUCCCUACCAACAAAAUGGACCCAAGAUUCCCACCAUCUAUAGAAACUCCCAGUCUAGAUGAUAAAGACUUAGCGAUCGUUUCCCCCUCUGGUUCAAGAGGCAAUUCUGUUCCAGAGGACCAGCCGGGUGGCCAUUCAGGGUCACCAUCCACGAAGCCACUUCGCAAAAACAUGUCCUCUUCAAGUUUACGCAGUAUCAAGAGUCGAAACAUGUCGUUGCCAAACCUAGAUGAUACCUCAGACAUGUCACCCAGUACAAUAUUAACUAACCCAUUCGGCAACGCCAGAGCCCCUUCUGUGCCAACUAUCCCAACGCCGUUAACUGCCGAAUUUCGCGACGCUGGUGAUAUGGGCGGAUCAGGGAUGCACCUUUUUGAUGACAGUCUACACCCGCCCAUCACGCCACAUUCUCCAGUAGAAGUCAGCCAUGAAGCUCCUGUGCCACUCGAAUACUGUCCUGCAGAGGCAUUACUGCGCCCGUUCUGGCUUAUGCGCUGCUUAUUUCAGACGCUCGUUCACCCUCGUGGUGGCUACGUAAGCACAAAACUAUUCAUUCCUAGGGAGGUAUGGUCGGUGAAAGGGGUCAAACUAAAGAACGUGGAUGACAAAAUUGCAAACUGUGACCUGCUCACGGCUGCAUGUUUAAAGCUUGCCCAAGUUGACACAUGUGACGCUGAUGCGGUUCUUGACGAAAUGCAAUCUUUGGAAGGUAUUCUUGAGCAAGUACAGGCUGCAUUGGCGCGCAAACUGGGCAAUGAAGUUGGUGUUAAUGGCUCAGGCUCACUCUUUAAAGAAGCGUCAACUGGUGAGAGCGAUAGCAGUACGCAGAUGCCUCGCUCCGGCAGCGUUUCAAAUAAGCCUUCAUCCUUCUCAUGGCGCCGACUACGGCCUAAGAACUCUGCUGUUAGCCUAAGCAGUGCCUACAACACUCGCACCGCAGCAUCAGAAGUGCCCAAAGAAUCAGUGGCCAGCGCUUCGCUCCCUAUAACACCGCAGCCCACCAGCCGGCCACCUCGUCGUGACAUUAGCUUAGCACAGUUUACCGGGCCAAACGCCACCUAUAUGAACUCUCUUGCACGUCUUUUUGACGCAGCGCAGGCAAUUGAUCAGAUAGCACGUCAAGUGGACGACCCUGGAUUGCGCCAUGCCGAUAAAACUCAGGUUGGACUAGAAUUAUGUACAAGACAUGCUGCCGAAUUCUUUGGAUUUUAUAUAUGUCGCUUCGCAUUAGCAGAUAUGGGCUUAUUGUUGGACAAGUUCCUCAAACGAGGUACAGAGUGGGCAUUGGCAUAACUGUAAGCAGCGUUGCUCAAGUAUAACAUGCAUGGUUGUAAAAGAUGUACUAUUUCCCCGCAGAUUAAGAUAAUCAUAUAGCGUCUGUAACAUUUUUAUAUUUUAAAACAUAAAAUACCAGGCAUUGUUAU